GAUGACGAGAUCAUUUUCCUUUGCGUCUCAUCGACGAAGGUGGGAGCAGAACGUGCCUCCGGAGGACACGACGCGAACGACCAGCCAGCCGACUUAGGCGUCGAUUUCGUCAGGAUCACGUCUACGUGAUUCCACGGUUCCGUCGGAAGCAUCACAGGCGGUAGCUGGGUAAGUAAGUAAGUAGGGAUAACGCGGCUGCGGAGAGUGGGAAACAAUUCGGGUCUUCGCGACUGCUGUGGGAGUCGCGCCGCUACUUCCGACGAAACAGCAUCUUAAGGGAUAACACACCUCGUUACUAUCGUCUAGCUUAGCAAGAAGACAGCCACCUAACCGAGAUGUCCAGGCCAAUACUCAGCAGGCCGCGUACGCGCAUUUACGGCAGCAACUACGACAAGGGCGAGUCCUAUUACAAGCCCAUGGUUGACCACCUAGAUCGGAAGUACAGCGGACGACCGUUGUUCCCGGAGCCGAGAAAUUCACUAGCCGACGAGAUCGCGGCCCGCCGUAGCGACAUCGGCACGCGCGACCUCUCCGGUCCCCGCACCGGCCGCGACCCUGACCUCGAACUCGACUCCCGUACCCGUGCCUCCCAACUACCACCCCUCACCGACCCUCUGCUACCCCCUGAAGACGAGGACACCGUCUACGAUAGCCGUGGUCAACGUACGCGUCGCAGGCUUGGCGACGAUUUCGCAGAGGACAUAGCGGCGACGACGCGUCGCUUCCGGGCUCGGGUAGCGGCGAUGGGACUUGAAGAGGAGCUCGAGGCCGCGACUUCCGCGAAUCAGGCGAAGAAGAGCGCCGCUGAUCUUCUGGAGAGCGCAGUGACCGCACGGAAAGGCGCUAGGACAGCGAUUGAAGAGGCCGAGAGCGGCUUCAAGAGACGCUCGAAGCUAUUCGACGAGAUAGAGCGCGCAGACGAGAGCAAGCCGGCGUUCACUAGGUGGUCCAAGCUGAUCAACGAGGAUGAAGACCUGGUGCCGACCAGCGCUGCCGCCAGUAGGGCUAAACAGACGAAGGCGCGCCUUCAUGACCUCGAGUCGGAGAUGGAGGAGCUCGCCGAGAGGCAAGCCAAGAGGGAACGCAGAGCGGCUGCUCUCAGGGCGCUGGUGAACGAGAGUGCGGCCGCAGCCGACGAUGUCGUUCAGCAGUCGACGAUCAGCAAGAAAGUGUCGGUGCGCAGCGUGCAGGGCACUGAACGCGCGGAGAAGCACGUCGCCUUCUAAACGGCCGGAGAAUUGGAACGGCAAGAUAGAUCAGAGUCUCGCCUUUCUGAUAAUCUUCACGACGGUGUCUUACAGCCGAUGCGUUGCAGUCGCGCUCGGAGAUUGAAGGCGAUUUCGUCCGGCUGUGAUUGCACUCAUGGUCCAAUAUCGCUUGACAAGGUCUCCUUGUUAACACAUAAGAGAUCGGUUACGAGACUUCGUGUUCUUUAAAGCUUGAAUGCGAAGGAUUGCUCACGAGAUUUCUCGUUUUUCUAAGCUCAAACGCAAACUACCGGUUUAGUUGCGAGUUCAGUCGUCUCCAUUAGUCGUUAUUGAGCUGUGUUAACACUUUGAACAACGAGAAAUCUCACUGACAGGUCUCUUCUUAUGCGUGGAGAAUAAAUUCGAAGUAAUCGCGAUGAAAUUAGUUAGAAAUCAGUCUGGCAGAUCACGGCCUGCAACACGAUGAUCAUGAGUCGGCACGCUGUAAGACACUGUUGUAUCUCGACAUAUAUGUCUAUAGAUUUCUUUUUCGACGUAUCAUGCGGCGACCACGUUUGCGUUUUUGGCAGCCGCGCAAUCGCAUCGUCGCUGGUUUGUCCUCGCGAAGGGAACAUACGGCCAGCUCCGUUGAAUAGUAUUGUGCUAAUAAUCCGACAUAAUCUCGACACUUGCGUGUCUACGACGUAGCGGGUAUGUAUGUUCGUUUCGCGUGAUUUUACAAAUAUGAAUGUAUCAGUAUGUUAAUGCGAGGAGCAUCAUUUGGGAAAUAUAUUCGAUCGGUCAUCCGAAGGUCAGAUUAUCCUCCACAAUCUUACUUUUCCAAGUGCAUAAUUGAAUCUUGUAAAUUUUACUGCAAUCUGAAUCACACGCUUUCAAUUGUCGUCGAAUCGAUUUUGCCGCAUGAAUGUCGCUUCAACUGCUCAAGAUCGAAUGCACUUCCGGAUGAUACACCUCGCAUCGUGAUAUAAUCUUCUGCUUUUCCGCUCCGCGAACGAGAUUCGUGGGAGUUUAAGUGUUGAUUGUUCCUAACGAACGAGAGUUACGUUCAGUCGCAGCGAAGAACACCGUCGCGCAGAAACGUGAACGCAAUGUUGUAAAUUAAGAAAAUACAAAAAUCGUGUUCUACCGUACCUACCCCGAGAACAUAUUACUAUUUUCAUUUCAAAGGUUUAUUUUUCAUUACUCGGGGACAAACUCUGUAACGCGUUAUCAAGCUGUGUUAGGCUGUUGAAAGAUAGCCUGAAUUCACAAAACUUUCGCCGAAUUCAUUCUGUCUACAUGUAUUCUUCCUUUCUUAUAUAUGAAUAAAUCUCGUUUGAAAU